AUGUCUCGGCAGCAAAGCGUUGUAGACGACAGGUACGAUGAUCAGCGGUACGCCGACCGACCCCGGGAAAGGCGCGUGCAGGAGGUGUCCUGGGACCAGCUGGACAAUAUCAGGAACCGCGAGCUUGCAUUGGUUGUGCCGACCCUUAGCGACCGUACCAAUGGUCGCGACCGGGAUGAAGACUAUGCGCCGUAUGCGCAACAGCGCGAUGAACGCGACCGCCACACCGACUAUGACCGCGCGCUUGUGCGACAUAACUCUGCAGAUGACGAUCAGCAAGUAAGCCGACGGCGGGAUGACCGGUAUUACCAGGAUUACGAUGGAGACGAAAGCGAUGAAGAGUCAUCCCGCGAACGCCGGCGACGUCGCAGACGGCACGAGGAACGCUAUGGCCGUGAGAGCGGAGGAGGAGGAGGUGGUAAAAAUCCUACUGCAGAUCGCACUCUUCCACCACACGAGACCGAAGGUCGUCUGUGGUAUAGCAUGAAGGAGCGCCGUGAAGGCAACUUUGUCGAGCGCAAUUUUGACUCUUCAUAUGACGGGCUGAUCGCUGCGGCGGCUGGCGCUGCCAUUGGAGCCGUGACUGUUCGUCGCUUCGCUCCCGGCGAGGAGGGCAGGGAGAAGACGUUAAAGGCUAUAGGUGGUGCGCUUGUCGGUGCUGCCGCGUUUAAUUGCGCGGAGAACUGGUUUAGAGUUUACACGGAGGAGAAGGAGGAGCGGCAGGAGAGGAAAGAAGAUCGCCAGCGCCAAAGGAAAGUCGUCAUAGUGCUUGUAUACUUGGGAAGUCUUCAAGCAGGUGAUUUUCGCGCACCUGCCAAAACGGGACAGAACCAAUCGGCACGCCAAGCAGCUGAGAGUUCAAUGACGGCACGUCAAUCCCAAUACCGCAGCUGUCCGGCACUCAGUUCACCCUCACUUCACACCGACAACGCAUGUUCAGCAGGCCUCCAGGCUGCACCUGCCGCCGCAUUGUUCCAGCAAGCUUGGGCGCGUUGCUACCUACAUAUACCUGAUCGUCGCCACCUCUUUUCCAACCAUCUCUCCCUCCUCUACGUCCUCUACGUACAAGCUUGCAACACACUCCCAUCCAUCUCCAAGCAACUCCUAUUCCUUACUACAUAUCCUCACUCCUGUACAGCUAAAUCAAGACAUCAGCACAUCAACAUGGCAGGUGACAAAGCAGAAAAGGCCAAUGGCGCCACUCAAACGUUCGACUUCGAGACCAUGGCGGCUCUUACAUGCGCACUCAGCGAGUCCGGCAUCAUCCUUGGCACCAAGCACUACAAGAUCAUGUCCCAGGUCCUUGGCGGAAAGCCCACGGAGAGCGCGCUGGAGCAUCAAUUUCGCAAGGUCAAGGCUCGUGCGAAAGAAAUGAGCGACAAGCUUGCCGCAGAAGGUGGGCUUCCUGCUACUCCUGCGAAGAAGCCGAAAACUGCGGGUUCCGGUAAGAAAGGUGCUAAAGGCAAACGUGUGGCAGAGAUCAACGAUGGUGAUGAUGAGGAGCUAAAAGACAAGGUUGAAUCUGAGUCGCCAACUAAAAAGGUCAAGGUGAAGGCGGAGGAAGACGAGCUGUUCUCAUGA